ACGAAAUUGUUCUCUGACUGGCACACGCCUUCCUACGUCAGAAUCGAUAUAAUAUCUUUGUUUCUGAUAUAAGGGUGUUAAUACAACGCAAAGUUACAUAAGUUCCUUUGAAAAUAAUAUUUCAGUAAAGGUAUGCGAAAGAAACUCGUACGAUCAAUAAAGACAUAUACAUUCGAACAAGGAAUAUAUUGUAACAUGGGAUUCUUAAUAAAUAUAAGUGUAGAUAUUUGUGGAUAAUGGAAUUAUUUGUCAAUGAUACAUAUAGAUUGUUAAUGAUAAAACGAUCGCAAAAUAUCUUGUUAUUUAUCAACAAUAUACGAUCCGCAUCUACUAUUAUUACACGGGGAUGUUGAAUAGAAGAACCACGCAACUUAUUUGAAGAUUAAUUAAUUGGCAACACUGACAUAUUUAAAUACGCAUCAAAUAAAUCAAGAAGGCCGUGGUGUGUAUUGAAAUUAUCUUUAUCAUCAACGCACGAUGGAGAAGCAGAGAACUAAACUGAAUAACAUCGCUGCGAAGAAGUUUCUCUGCCGCUAUGAGCUCAAACUCGGGGCUAAAGUCGUCGGGACACUUAUGUGUCUGGUGAUGUUGGCGUGCAUCAUAGCCUGUAUUGUCCAAGCCCUGGGCCUGAACGACUGCAAGUCUUGUUCGUACAACUCCUGGAAGCAUGCCUACAGCCUCAGUAUCUCAGCUGCAGUCUACUGCUUCAUCCUACUUUGUGUCAACCUCUGGUUCCUUUGGGGAGUCUAUAAGGAGAAAUCAUCAGUGAUACUUAGCUGGGUGGUGAUCACAGCGGUGUGGCUGGCACAGACCAUCUGUCUCCUGAUCGUCCUCAUCAUCCAGUACUCCAGUGAGGCUGCUUUUGUGGCCUGGGUUAUUUGUUUAUGCCUUGCGAUUUUGUGUAUCGGUAUUCUUUUAUAUUGUCUGCUGGUGGGGUACGGCUACUGGCUGGAACUGAAGAACAAGGGGAAUCAAGAACAAUGAAUAUAUUUAUAUCAACCAGUACA